AUGGAUGACGAGUUAAUAGUACAGUCUACUCAAAAAAACUUUUCGACUGAAGAACUCUUAAGGCUUUUAGCCUAUUGCGAAGGUGAAAUCCAGGCCCGUGAUAUUGUAAUAGCUACUUUGAAGUCAGAAAAAGCGAAGCAAUUGUUACAUGAAGCCAAAUAUGGACAACUUGCCGGCAAUGAUCCAAUCAAAGCCUUGCAGCGUGAUUCCGGUUUUGUGGUUGAGGGAAAUGAAGUUGAUGAAUCUGCAAUUGGACAUAUGUAUGAAACCCAGCUAAUGCAGCUGGAACGCUUAAUUACUGUGCAACGGCGCUGUCAUAAUCACUCGAAACAGAUUUUAGCAGCUACAGAGAGGCGGCAUGCACGUAUUCUGCGAGAGUUAGAUGAGGAAAAGCAGCGUUCCGCAGCAGAUGCAGCACAGGGCGAUGAUCUUUGUGUUCUUCUUGAAAAUGAACGAACUCGUCUUCGUCAGCAGCUGGAAUAUGAGCAAAAAGAAGGUGAGAAAGCUCAUAAGGAAGUGGAAAAAUUGGAGAGAAAAUUGAGGGAUGAACAGGAACGUCACAAGUCGAUGGUGUUGUUCUUGGUAAAUGAAAGAAAGCAAAUGUUGUUUGAAGUGCAUGAGUUGAAAGUUCAAAAUGGCCGUGGUUCGUCCUAUGCUCAAGAAACAGCAUUGCUUGCAGAGAUGCGAAAGGAAGUAACUGCCCUACGCUCAGAAAGGGACCAACUGCGUACAGCAUUGGAUACAGCUCUUUCCGAAGUGCAGUCUCUCAAAGAGGUUGUAAGAAAUCAAGAGGAGGAUUUGUCCUUCAUGCGUACCAAUAUACUUGCUAACACGCGAACUUAUGCAAAUAACUUACGAUUUUCCGAUGACGGCUCUGUGGUUGUAGCAAAUAAAAGUGUUUCAAAUGUUCUGCCACCGUCCAAAAACCCAGCAUCAGACUCACUGCCAGCAGUCAGCGAUUUGAGGCACCCAGUACGACCCCGACUUACCACUUCUUCGACUUUUCCAGCAAGUAACCGGAUUUUUCAGAGUCGUGUUCCUCUUCCAUGUUCUCUAUUAGCCUCAUCAAUUGUUCCACUUUCUUCGGCAAAGAAAGGACAACAUUCUACGACAACUUUACAUCCGAUAACACUGCGCGGCAAUGAUAAUCAUUCAUCACUGCAUGAUCGCGAAGGAAUGUCAAACUUAUCAGAUUCGUCCGAAAAAGUGAAAAAUACAUACUCGGCUGAACCUGAAAUUGAGCAUUUGGGUGUAGUGAUCGAAUCGAUGAACACAGGUAAGCGAAGCGCCUCUUUGCCACGAAAUGGCAAAAACGGGGUUAUUGUUGGAUCACAAACACGUAAACCUGUUCCAUCGAAACCUCCUGUAAGUGCCAGACGUAGUACAAUUUUCAAAGCUCUCGGUGUAACAACGCGAAACGGCAGGAACGGCACAUAA